GACUCAGUGCCUUAGUCUCCUCGCGCGCGCGCUCUCUCCACUGCUGUAGCUGGACCUCUUUGCCUUCGCAAGCUCGGAGCUUCUGUAGCACCUACAAUGGCUAAAACUGCAAUGGCUUAUAAAGAAAAGAUGAAGGAGCUGUCCAUGCUUUCUUUGAUCUGCUCCUGUUUUUACCCAGAAUCUCGCAACCUUAAUAUAUACACAUAUGAUGAUAUGGAAGUCAAACAUAUCAACAAACGUGCCUCUGGCCAAGCUUUUGAACUCAUCUUAAAGCCGCCAUCUCCUAUCUCUGAAGCACCACGAACUGUAGCCUCUCCAAAGAAGAAAGAUGUGUCCCUUGGAGAGAUCCAGAAAAAGCUGGAAGCUGCAGAAGAAAGGAGAAGGUCCCAGGAGGCCCAGGUGCUGAAACAACUGGCAGAAAAGAGAGAACAUGAACGAGAAGUCCUUCAGAAGGCUUUGGAGGAGAACAAUAACUUCAGCAAAAUGGCAGAGGAAAAACUGAUACUGAAAAUGGAACAGAUCAAAGAAAACCGUGAAGCUAACUUAGCUGCUCUUGUUGAACGUCUUCAGGAGAAGGAAAGGCAUGCUGCAGAGGUCCGCAGAAACAAGGAGCUCCAGGUGGAACUGUCUGGCUGAGCCCAGCAGUAGAGGGAGUCGGAUAACUCCCCUGCCUAUAUUAUUACAGAUCAUGAAAUAUUAGUAUAGGAAAUGUAUGACAUGGUUUAAAAAAAAUGAAUCAAGAACUCAA